AUGCGGUCUGGGUACGGGGUGGUUUUCCACCCCGACGGGGUAGAGUUUACUCCCGACCGGGGUGGGCUUCUGAUCCCGUCGGUGUGGCUUUAUUGUGCAAAACAAGUAACUGUUGAAAAAGUUUGCAAUAGCUCCUACAUUUUUGUACAUACAUUAAUUCUCACUUUUUGGUUCUUACAGCAAAAAGAACAGUUGCCUCUCCACACAGCAGCAACCAGACCCAGUGGAGCCAUAAAUGUGGUACAGAUGCUUCUGAAGGUGUCUGGGAAGGAGGGACGGCUGGUGCAGGACAAGGAAGGAAAUAUUCCAAUUUUCCUGUCUACGGAAGCAGGAAACUUCGCUGUCUGCAAAGAGCUGUUGUCUCAGUACACAGAACAGCAGGUCAACAUGCAAAGGAAGGAUAAUGGAGACUACCUGCUGCACAUGGCCUGCCGCAGGAAGGACCAGGAGCUGGCCAAACUGUUUCUGGACAAUGGGGCCAACGUUAAUGCACAAAACGAGGAGGGUCACACAGCGCUACACAUUGCAGCAUUUGAGGGAGAUGAGGCGAUGAUCAAAUACCUACAGACAGCAAAGGCUGAUGCCAAUAUCGUGGACAAGCUGGACAGAUCCCCGCUGCACAUCUCUGCAGAGAAAGGCCAGACUAACGUGGUGGAGGUGUUGGUGGACAAAUUCAAGGCCUCUGUCUUGGCAAGGACGAAGGAUGGCAGCACUCUGAUGCACAUAGCCUCCCAAUGUGGUCACCCUGAGACAGCCCUCACCUUCCUGAAGAAAGGAGUUCCACUUCACAUGCCUAACAAGGCUGGUGCAGUGUGCUUACAUGCUGCAGCCAAGAGAGGUCACACUGCAGUAGUGAAGGCCCUGCUACAGAAGGGUGCAGUGGUGGAUGCAAGGACAAAGGACAACUACACAGCCCUACACAUAGCUGUGCAGUUCUGUAAGCCCAUGGUGGUACAGACACUGCUGGGGUUUGGUGCUCAAGUUGGCAUCCGAGGAGGAAAGAAUCUGGAGACUCCCCUCCACAUCGCAGCUCGUGUGAAGGAAGGAGACAAGGUGGCAGAGAUGCUUCUCAAGUCUGGGGCGGAGGUCAAUGCACCGCAAGAGGACGGAGAGACAGCCCUGCACAUCGCUGCUCGCCAUGGUAACAUCAAGAUGAUGCAGGCCCUGAUGGAGGACGGAGGGGACCUGAUGAUGCAGUCAAAGAUGGGAGAAAAUCCAUUGCACAUUGCUGUGCGGUACUGCCACUGGGAGUUGGUCAGUGCCAUCAUCAACUUCCUGGUCAAUGAGAAGACUCGGGUGGAUGCUGUUAUCUGUAUCAACACACAAACAAAUGAAGGUGAAACUCCUGUGCACUAUGGAGCAGAGACCACUAAGGACAUGUGUCACUUUGAGGGGGAGGAUAUCCGUAUCAUGCAGAUGUUACUGGAGUAUGAUGGUGAUGUCAAUAUGGCAACCAAACUGACCCAGGAGACUCCGAUGCACUACUGCGCCCGAGCCGGGAAUGAAGAUGUUCUACAGGAGAUGGUCAAGAACAUAGGGGCUCACAAGGUGCAACAUGCUGUCAACAAACAGGCCAAGAAUGGCUGGUCCCCACUGCUGGUGGCCAGUGAGCAGGGUCACCUGUCUAUUGUGAAGAUCCUGCUACAGAACCAUGCCAGAGUGGAUGUCUUUGAUGAGCAUGGAAAAGCGGCCCUCCAUCUUGCUGCCGAGAACGGCCAUAUGGAGGUGUCGGAUGUGCUCCUGUGGCACAAGGCCUUCGUCAAUGCCAAGUCCAAGAUGGGCAUCACUCCCCUGCACCUGGCAGCCAUGAAUGGCUAUGUUGAACUGGUCAAACUCCUGAUCGAAACACAUGGGGCAACCUUAGAUGCUCUGACACUGGCCAAGAGAACACCCCUCCACAUGGCAGCCCAGAAUGGUCAGCUGUCAGUCUGUAAGACUUUGCUGGACAUGAAGGCAGACGCCAACUUUGUGGAUACGCAUGGACAAACUCCCUUCCAUCUGGCAGCAGAGAAUGACCACUCUGAAGUUGUGCAGAUGUUCUUAAACUACAAGCCAGAGCUGGUCAACAUGGCUAAUGCAGAAGGGAACACCUGUGCCCACAUUGCUGCCUUCAAGGGUAGUGUGGCUGUGAUCAAAGAGCUGCUGAAGUUUGACAGAGUUGGGGUCUGCUCAGCAAGGAACAAGAUCAACGCCUCCACUCCUCUCCACCUGGCAGCUGAAGGUGGGCACAAGGAGGUGGUGAAGACCCUUGCUGACAACGGCGCCUCUGCCACUGAUGAGAAUGGAGAGGGCAUGACCCCCAUUCACCUCGCCGCCAAGUCGGACCACACCAACGUGCUGGACUCACUCCGAGGGGCAGCUGACCUCAAGACUCCCAGUACAAAGACUGGAAUGACUGCUCUUCAUGUGGCGGCCAUGUUUGGCCAGGUUGACUUUGUGCGAGAGAUGCUCCAGUCAGUCCCGGCAACAGUGAAGAGUGAGCAGCCAAUGACAACUGAUUCCUCUAAGGAAGUAGAGUAUGGGUUUACCCCGCUCCAUCUGGCGUCUCAGUCUGGACACGAGGGCCUCGUGAGGGUCCUGCUCAACUACCCUGGCGUCCAGGCUGAUGCACAGACAGCUGUACAGGGUUCAAUCCCCCUUCAUCUGGCUGCAGCAAAUGGCCACACAUCUGUGGUUGGCCUGCUGCUGAGUAAGUCCACAACUCAGCUGCACAUCAAGGACAAGCGCGGCCGCACGGCCCUGCACCUGGCCGCGGCCAACGGGCACUUGGACAUGGUCGCUCUACUGCUGGGUCAAGGGUCAGACAUUAAUGUGUUUGAUAAGAAUGGAUGGACUUCUCUCCACUUUGCAGCCAAGGCAGGGUUUCUGAAUGUUGUGAAGCUCUUGGUGGAGAGUGGGGCAUCUCCCAAGUUUGAGACUAAGGUAGGUGGUAUCAACGCCUCCACUCCUCUCCACCUGGCAGCUGAAGGUGGGCACAAGGAGGUGGUGAAGACCCUUGCUGACAACGGCGCCUCUGCCACUGAUGAGAAUGGAGAGGGCAUGACCCCCAUUCACCUCGCCGCCAAGUCGGACCACACCAACGUGCUGGACUCACUCCGAGGGGCAGCUGACCUCAAGACACCCAGUACAAAGACUGGAAUGACUGCUCUUCAUGUGGCGGCCAUGUUUGGCCAGGUUGACUUUGUGCGAGAGAUGCUCCAGUCAGUCCCGGCAACAGUGAAGAGUGAGCAGCCAAUGACAACUGAUUCCUCUAAGGAAGUAGAGUAUGGGUUUACCCCGCUCCAUCUGGCGUCUCAGUCUGGACACGAGGGCCUCGUGAGGGUCCUGCUCAACUACCCUGGCGUCCAGGCUGAUGCACAGACAGCUAAAAUUUUAUGCCUAAUCAUGUUUUUUGUCACUUUGCCUUUGCAGUUUGUGUUUGAUCUGAUGGUGUGUGGGAAAAUGAGGGACAACCAGUGCAUUGAGGAGUUUGUGCUGGUUUCACCAGCUCCUGUCGACACUGCUGCCAAGUUGUCCAAGAGUUUUGAGCUCCUUUCCUUCAAGGAAAAGGAAAGAGCAAAGGAUCUGAUGAAUGCUGCCAAGUACUGUGAGGAGAUGGCCACAGAACUCCUCGCUAUUGCCUCUAGCAAUAACAGUGCUGGCUCACUCCUACGCUCCAUGGACUGCCGCAGCACGCCAUUUCUCGACGUCCUGAUUGAAUGUGCACAGAAGGACGUGGUGGCCCAUCCCGCGGUACAGAAGUAUCUGACAGACGUGUGGAUGGGAGCGAUGAAGACAUGGGCCAGCUGGAAGAUCAUGCUUCUGUUCUUAGGUUUUCUGAUCUGUCCUCCUGUGUGGGUGGCGUUCUCCAUCCCACUGGGCCACCGGUACAACAAAGUACCUGCAAUCAAACUGAUGAGCUACAUAACGUCCCACUUCUUUCAGAUUGGGUUAUUCGUGAUCAUGAUUGUAGCUCCUAUAUACCCGCUCGCCAAUAACCUGAACAACCUGAUGCCUAACUGGAACGAGUGGCUGUUAUUAGCAUGGAUGUCGGGGAAUCUGGUCUCAGAACUGACCAAUCCAGGAGACAGACAAGGUCUAGGUUGGAUCAAGAUCAUCAUCAUAGCAAUCUGUGCAAUAGCUGCAUUCUGCCACCUUUUAGCAUUAGCAUUUACCGGAAACACCAGACUUGACUGUCUGUCAGUUCGAAACCAACUACUAGGAUUUGCUUUACUCCUGAGUUUUGUGCAGUUUCUAGAGUUCCUGUCUUUCCACCACCUGUUUGGACCUUGGGCAAUCAUCAUCAGAGACUUAAUGAAAGACAUGGUUCGCUUCUUGGUCAUUCUGCUCAUCUUCAUGGCAGGUUUCACCCUCCAUCUGGCUGCAGUUUACCAGCCGGUGUACGAAGUUAACACGGUCAGCCCCGGGGACGGGUCCAUUGACCAGACAUACACUAUCCAAACUCCUGACAAAACAUUUGAAAUUCUAUUCUUCUCAUUGUUUGGGCUGAUAGAACCUGAUAAUCUCCCAACACUGAGUACACGGCAUCCAUCGUUUACCCUGUUCUUUGUGAAGAUGGUGUUUGGCACUUACAUGAUGGUUGCAAUUAUUGUACUGAUCAACCUUCUCAUCGCUAUGAUGUCUGACACAUAUCAGCGGAUUCAGGCGCAGUCAGAUAUUGAGUGGAAAUUUGGACGUGCAAAACUCAUUCGCAACAUGAACAAGACCUCAUCAGCGCCGUCACCGUUGAACCUGAUUACCAAGAUGUUCUCUUACUUAAGGCUGGUCUACAAAGUCAAGUGCCGUCUCUGCAGCCCACAGAUGCACGAGUACAUGCAAGAAGAUGACGACCAAGAUGGCAUCUCAGAUGCACGGUCAGUUGACGUUCUGCAACACUCGGGAGGAGCAGGGUUUUUUCGUGGACUGAAGAAGCGGAGUACACAGGUUGGACCAGAAGGACCGUACUUGGCCUCUGCUACCCACUCUGGACCACAGCGCAUCGAGGAUGUAGUUGACUGGGAGGAAGUUGUGAACAAGUACUUGGCAGCAAAGGGCGUAUCUGACAGUGUGGAAAAAGAGUCGGAUGGACCACGCCAACUGGACGAGCUCAACAACACCAACGAGAAAGCCUCUUCAGGGGUUGAUGGGAAGAAGGACAAGUAGAGACAUUUGUUUGGUGUUGUUUAAAGUACACAUGUACAACAAGAAGCACUCAGUUGCAGCAAGACAGUGGUAAAUGCCAUUGUCAGAAGGGAAAGUUGUUCCAUCUAGAAGGCAAUUGUGAUCUUCUCAAUUGUGAAGGACUACCACACAUUUCUUGCAGUGAAAUGACAAAGAAAUGUUGAAAAAGAAUGAUAGAGAUUUACAUUAAAAUUUUGUGUGACGUAAAAUGUUGCAGUGAAGGUCUAUGUAUCUAACAUAGUUGUUAUAUAAUAAACAGAGCUUGUAGUAUAUCAAGGAAACAUAUUUUAUGGUGAAGGUAUUUUUCUGCAUGAGACUGUAAUAAUUUGUCAUAUAUUUGCUCUAACAUGUGCAUCUUAAUCUUGAGACUGGAACAAAGCAAUACUUGUAAUACUGAACCAAAUACAUGUAGUACUAAUGUUACAACUUGAUUGUAAUCUACAACCUGUAAGGUUAUGCAUAUUGACUACAUGUACAUGUAUGUGUGGUCCUAACUGGUAUAAAAACUGGCUCCUAUCUAGUUAGCAUUAUAUGAUAACAAAGUUUUGAAACAAAGAAUCAAAGGUAUUUACAAUGUACACUGUAUUUUUGUACAUCUGCUAUGUUAAAGGCUAAUCAAAUAAUAUCAUGAUUUAUUGACAUAUGUAUCUCAAAUGUAACUCACAUACAGUGUACAGUUAACAGUAACCAAAUGAUGUUCAUGAGAUAAUUUUGUACAUAUUAAGAUAGUAUAAACCUUUAACCGGGACUUCCAAUUUUAUUGUGGAGAAUGUUGCAGUAAGGUACAGGUAUGCUUAAUAUCUAAGACUUCCUUCAGAAGAAAUAUAGCAAUGCAUGAUUGAGAUCAAAGGGUAUGCUGCUACAUUUGCACCAAAUUUCCUGUCACAGAUAAACAAUUUUACCAGUAGAAUGAAAGCUCAACUGGAAGUGUAAUUAUCGUUAAACUUGUAGUUUAUGCACUAUGAUUUUGUUCAUUUUAUUCUGUUUUGUGUGAUGACAUUUCACUCUCCUUGAAUAAGUAGAAGCAUUAUGUUAAUGUUUAUGCAAGGAUGAUUGGUCUGAAACUCUAGAUACACAGUAGUACAUGACUUGUUUGAUGGGAAAUGUUUUAGAGGGGGAGGGGUUUAAAUUGACAUGAACUAAAAUUUUAUUUAUUGAUUUGUCGCAAAACAAACUGAAUUAAAACCAAUUUAAUGCACAAAAAUCUACCUGUAAAAGAAGUUAGGUUGAAAUCUUCAGCUGCAGCUUUAAAAUUCCAGCUAACAUUCCAGGUAACAGACAAUAUUUAAACAAUAGAUAAUCAUAUCUCAAGACAUGGACAACUUCUAAUGUAUGAACUCUAUAGGCUAAGUGCAAGAUUUAGCAUAUUUGUAUGAAUUAUCCAGUGUAGGUAUUCCCUAUGAUAAUUUGGUAGGCUCUUUUCUAUUCUAUCCAAUUGGUCAACUUGCUUUGUCAGGCCCAUAGUCCAAGUCAGUUUUUUAUUGAUUCUGCUAACAAUGUCGACUUGCAUGUUACAAUGCAGAUUAAUUUUAGAGAAAACAUCAUGCAGAAAUGCAUGUACAAAAUGUAUUGUUAUCUGUAUUGUUAUCAAAAUAAAGUUACAGUAAUGUUUCGAAACUGGGGCAUUUUCUGCCAAUACAUGGAUGUAACCAAAUUGUGGGAAAUUCAAUGUGAAAGCAUAUCAAGAUGUUGGGGAUAAAUUUUUAUAAAUGUCAAGUCUUACAUUUCCUCUUGGUACUGCCACAUAAAAAAGCUUAUGACUGCAUGCUUAUGUUUAUUCACACACAUUAUAUAUUAUUCAAACCUACAUUGUAUCAACUACAUGAAGGUAAUACUUUGUUCUUUUUUAGUAUGAGAAACAUUACAUAAUAGAAUAUGGAAAACUAACAAGUUGCAUGUCAGAGGGUAGUAACAGGCUGACCCCUUACCUAUGUGCAAUAAACAGCUACUGACAAUUAUCGGUAGUAUUGGACAAUUUUCUUGUGUUUUUCUUGUGCGGUUAUUAGUAUUACCUUUACCAGAAGGUUAUGUUUUUGGGUUGGCUGUGGUGGAGUGACUGUGGAUGUACGUGACAUAACUCUUGAAGCCAUUUAUGGAUGUUCAUCAUGGUUUUUAGUAGGCAAGAUACUGUUGGAGAGAUGAAGGUCAAGUUAAAAAAUAGCCUUAUGGCAGCCUCUUUCGAAGACAAAGGUAAACAUUAUUAAAAAGAGACCCAAAACCACAUGGAGGAGAAGU